AUGAGUAUAAAGCAGGUUCACCCUACAAAUGAAGUUGAAGAAUAGAACGAAUUUAAAAAAGGAUUGCAGUAAUUAACUAGUUAUAAAAUGUAUAGCUCUGUUCAGACAUUUAACGAUCUUCGAAGAAGAAGAAUACAAGUUAGAGAGGCUACAUUAAUUUUAUCUCCGAAACUGUAGAUUUUAAUUUAAUGUUUGUAGUCAACAAUAUCAGCAUAUGUUGCAACCAAAAAUAAGUUAGUUUACAAGUUAAGAUUAAAUUAUGGAAGAGGAAGAUGUUUUGGUGUUGGAUGGCUUUAAAAUUAAAUUCAAUAGGGCCAUCAGAAGAUUACUAAUCAUUUUGAACUUUGCCAGAGCGAUAACCUACUUUUCAAAAUAGAAAAAGAAAAAGAACAUUACUUAAAGUUCAAUUUCCAAAUAAUAAAUUCCCUUUCUUCCUCACCUAAAGUUUAUUCGUUUGUGGAGAGAAAUUAUAAGUUUCAACACUGUUGUUGCAAACAUCGUUUACCCAAUUUACAUCACUUAUUCUGAGUUUGACUAGUAUGUAAGUACAUCAUUUAUUCUAGGAUUUUAUAACGAUAGUUACAUUUAUUAUAGAUUUUUUAUUCUUUGUUGAUGUUUUAUUAGAAUAGAUGAUUUGUCAGAUAGAUAAUAAUAACAUUCUCCUAAGAACAUUUUCAUCAAUAUUUAUUCAUAAUGUAACUGGAUGGUUAAUUUUUGAUAUACUGACAAUCCUACCCUAUAAAUUAUUUGUUGAUAAAAUGGAAGAUUCUUUCUAAUUGAGAGACUAUUUUAAUUUAUUGAAAUUAAUAAGACUAUUCAAAUAUUUCACUUAAACAGAUAGAAAAAUUCUUUAUCAUUCAGCCGAUUCAAAAAAAACUUAAAUCUCUAUUGAAGAUAAAUUAUCUUUCUUUGAUUAUUUCUCUUUAAUAGAUGCCAAAUUCCUAAGUGUUUUGAACAUUUUUAAAAAUAUGUUGAUAUUAAUAAGUGCAUUUGGCUGUAUGUGGCAUUAUGUACAAUAUUAUGAAGGAAUUUCUUUGGGAGAAGAUCAUAGUAAUUGGACAUCAUACAUUGAUGGGUUAUUCUGGGCUAUACAAACAGUCACUGUUGUUGGAUAUGGCAAUGUUUCUAUUUCUACUUCUAUGUAAUAUAACCUUGUCAUUGUGUGGCUCUUAGUUGGAGUAGGAUUCUAUUCAUUUACAAUUGGAAAUUUAGCUUAAAUCUUAGAAUAGCAAACAUCGGCUGAAAUUUAGAAAGAACACUUAGAAGAUUUAGAAAACUUGAUGGACACAAUCAUAAUUCCAGAAUGGUUGUCUGAUCAAGUAUCACAUUUUCUGACUUACAAUCUAGAAAAUAAUUCUUUCUGGAAUUAUAGAAAGUAAAUUUAAACUAUAAUAAUUAGAGAAUAAUAGACUCUUUGCCGGGAUAACUGAAAAAGUAUACAAUAUGCUUUUCAUAAUAACAAUUAAUUGUAAACACUAAUCUAUUUAAAUUGGAUAUUAAUAUUGCCUCCAAACUCUUACCAUAUAUGACAAUAUUCUACUUUUAAAAAUAUGAGACAAUCUAUUAUGUUGGCUCACCCAGUAUGGACAUUUACUUCCUAAUAACAGGAGAAGUAUGAAUAUUCGAAAUAUUACUAGGUGAGAUUGUGUGAUGAAUAAGGUCGAAGCCUGUUAAACAUCAUUGAAGGCAGUAUUUUUGGUGAAAUGGAGAUUCUAGAUUAAGUUAAUAGAAAACAAAGUGCUAUUGCUUCCAAAAAUUCAAUUGUUAUCAUUUUUCCUGUUCAGAUAUUUUUAGAUAUAAUUUAAACAGAUGAAAGUCUUUCUUUUGAAAUUGAACAACUGGGGUUGCGAAGAAAAAUUCUUAUCAAAGAGAGCCAUCUCAGAAUGAAAUGUAGAGAAUUAUUUUAUAUAUUUAGCAAAUUAAAAGGUAAGAAGAGUAAGUUGUAUAAAUUACAAAGAAUAACGAAAGCCAACAGAUAUAAGCAAAAAUAUUAUGGAAAAGGAGUUUAAAUAGAGAAUUUCAAAAGAAUCCUUUUAGUUCAUUCAAACAAGGAUAUUAAAAUAUAUUUUUGGAAGAAAUUAAGAAAGGAAAUGGAGAUCAUUUCAGAAAUUUAGAGAUGCUGUUUAAAAAGUUAUGAAAUUUAAUAAGCAAAAAAGAGAACUUAAUAAACGGAGAAGAGAAAGUUGUAUUGGAUUAAAAAUGAUUAAUAAUUUCAAAGGAACUACUGAAAAUGAGUAAUUGAUGAUUAAAUAAAUAUUUAAAUUAUAGAAGCAAAAAAGGCAAUUAAUGAAAACUUUGAAGUAAAUCAUAAAUCAUGUAAAAUCAGGAUUAUAAGCUCCCUUGCUAAUUACACCUUCUCCUUAUUUUUAUUGUUUAUUAAAGGAAUAAAAAUAAUAAAUGUUAGAGAAAAAGGAAUAAGAGACUUAAAACAAAUUUCAAAAACAAUAAAAAAUUAAGAAAAUCAAUCCAUAUUACUAACUAAGAUAUUUAAAUGAUUUUUGGAGUAAACUAUAAAAUGAGUUAAUUUAAUACAAAAAUGCAAAGACAGAUCUCAGAUACUCUCAAAUGGAAGUGGAUGGAGUUUAUUUUGAAAUUUAAGGUUUGAUAAAAUCUAUAAUAUGA